AUGGAACCAGUUCCUCUCACGUCUUUGACCCUCCCUCCCAUUGGGACAACUACCAUGGAACAAGAUCCUGAUGUAGGAGCACAAGCCCGUGGGGCCCAGAUUGGCACAGUCACAUACACCCCAGACGAUGCGGCAAGAAUCCUGUUCGCCCCUAUCAGCAGAGCGACGGCUGUAAUAGAGGAGGUCACUACAAUACUUAACAAGGUCAAAAACGAGAUAGUAGCAUUUGAACAAAUACAUAAUGAAACACUUGCAGCAGAUCAGCAGGAAAACUGGCUCACCAAAUUACAGCAACAGGUUGAUAAAUAUAAAACUGAAUUAGCAGUAUUUAAAAACAGGAAACUUGAAUCUGUGAAAGCAGACUACACUAAUGGUAGAGUCUACAAGUGGCUAACUGCAGCAGAGAGCUCCAUGCUCAAUAAAGGUCUAUCGUUUAUACCAAGUCAUAAAACUAAUGAAAUGGACCUUAAAUUGGACUUGUAUAAAUUGAAUCGCACAAUGAAAAUUAAAGAAUAUUUUCAGCACGCUCCAAUAACACCAGAACUUACUAAUCCUGUCCAUAAGUGCAAAAAACCCAGUACAUUCGAGCCAACAAACAGUAGUGCCAGCACUAAGACAUUUAUGAGGCUAGUGGCACAAGAUAUGGAAACACAUAAUAAGUCCAACAAAUGGAGACACAACCUCACAAACACUGAAAGAGCAGCUAUUAAAACCUUACAAAAUGACCAUGCUCUGGUCAUUCGCCCUGCGGAUAAAGGUGGGGCAAUAGUCCUGAUGGACUAUGAGGAUUACAAAGAAGACAUACUUAAGCAAUUGACUGACAACAACACUUAUAGCAAGUUACCAGGUGACCCUACGGUCAAAUACAAGAAAGAACUGGAUGACAAACACGUCAAUAGUUCAUAUUCAUCCUUCACUAUAGGAAGCAGCAGUCUGAUACCGCCAACUCCAAUAGUCUUAGACACUAAUGACUAUUCACAAACAUUGGGGAUAUCACAGCAGAUAUUUAAAGAAGAUGGUGAAUUGGCAGGAACUGGGCAGCAAUCAUUAUGUGCAGAGAGUAAUUUAGUCAUCAAACAAGAGGACAACAUUUAUGCCUUAUCUAGUGAAAUUAUUAUCCCUGAGGAUAAACCACACACUUUUACUGAGUUUUCAAAACAUAUUAAAGAAGGGAAAAGUCUACAGUCUAGCCAAAUGAUUCCUACAAAGGAGAAACUUUUCAAAUCUACAGAAUGUGAGAAAAGCUUUAGAUGGAAGUCUCAUCUACUAGAAAACCACAAAAUUCACACAGGUGAGAAACCACACACAUGUACUGAGUGCAGCAAAUGUUUUACACAAAUGGAUCAUCUGAAAACUCAUAAAAAGAUUCACACAGGAGUAAAGCCUUUCACAUGUACAGAGUGUGGAAAAAGUUUUACACAAAAGAGUAAUCUGAAAACUCAUGAAAAGAUUCACACAGGGGAAAAGCCUUUCACAUGUACAGAGUGUGGAAAAAGAUUUAUACAAAAGGGUGAUCUGAAAAGUCAUGAAAGGAUUCACACAGGAGAAAAGCCUUUCACAUGUACAGAGUGUGGAAAAGGUUUUAAACAAAAGAGUGAUCUGAAAAGUCAUGAAAGGAUUCACACAGGAGAAAAGCCUUUCACAUGUACAAAGUGUGGAAAAAGUUUUACGCAUAAGAGUAAUCUGAAAUAUCAUGAAAUGAGUCACACAGGGCAAAAGCCUUUCACAUGUACAGAGUGUGAGAAAUGUUUUACAGAAAAGAGUAGUCUGAAAACUCAUGAAAUGAUUCACACAGGGCAAAAGCCUUUCACAUGUACAGAGUGUGGAAAAAGUUUUACAACAAAGAGUAAAUUGAAAACUCAUGAAAUGAUUCACACAGGACAAAAGCCUUUCACAUGUUCAGAGUGUGGAAAAAGUUUUACAACAAAGAGUAAAUUGAAAACUCAUGAAAUGAUUCACACAGGAGAAAAGCCAUUGACAUGUACAGAAUGUGGAAAAAGUUUUACAGUAAAGAGUAGUCUGAAAACUCAUGAAAGGAGUCACACGGGGCAAAAGCCUUUCACCUGUACAGAGUGUGAGAAAUGUUUUACAGAAAAGAGUUGUUUGAAAUAUCAUGAAAUGAGUCACACAGGAGAAAAGCCUUUCACAUGUGCAGAGUGUGGAAAAAGUUUUACAACAAAGAGUAAAUUGAAAACUCAUGAAAUGAUUCACACAGGAGAAAAGCCUUUCACAUGUACAGAAUGUGGAAAAAGUUUUACACAUAAGUGUAAUCUGAAAUAUCAUGAAAUGACUCACACAGGAGAAAAGCCUUUUACAUGUACGGAGUGUGGAAAAAGUUUUACACAAAUGAGUAGUCUGAAAUAUCAUGAAAUGAGUCACACAGGACAAAAGCCUUUCACAUGUACAGAGUGU